ACACAAAUGAGAAGCAAAAAAACUCCUCCAAAAAACUCCAACCCUCACUGAGUAAACUGAGACUUUACUCCUCUAGCCUUCCAGUCCCACAGGGUGAGGGGAAGGGACAGUGAGCAGCUUGAUCUGCCUCUCUCUGCAAGCCAGGUCUGGCAGAAAGGUCGGGGCUUUCUUCACCUUCCCCCACCAUGCCCUCCAAGCUGUAACCUGGAGCUUUUGCUGCAGCCUCACAGCUGCACAGUGACCACAAGGCUUGAGCAGGAGUGUGGGCUCCUCGCUGCAUGGGGGAAAAGGAGCUGAGCUCAAGCCAUGGAUCACGUGGAAGGCAAUCGUGAGCCAUUAGUGGUCUGUGGACCGCACUUUGAGAACCAUUGGCCUAGGGCAUCGACUAAGGACAAGGCUCCGAUUGGGACCUGUACUUUGGAACCUCCGGCAUAUACAUCCAGGCCAACACCCUGGGCUCCAGUGACCAUUGGACUGUCUGCCAUUACAGCAGAGAAGGAGGUGAGCCUAUCCGCUCCAGCUCUCUGUUUGGCACUGGAUAACCUUCUGAUUCUCUAGGAGCUAGUGUCACUGUUGCUGUUCAGAGAUCUGCCAAGAUGCCACUCGAUACUAGCCUGUACUCGAUCACUGAGCUGGGGUCAAAACUUUUGCCAGCCCUGUUGACUAAUAGGGACAGAGCAUCACCACCUCCUCGCAUGAGAUCUCCCCCAUUGGACUCGGAUUCCAAAUCCAUUGACUCUGAAGGUACCAGAAACAUGAGGCCCAUUCCCAAACUACUCCCCAAGGUGAUUUUUGUGAGGAUAAAGCCCAGAUAGGACACUGGGAAUCUCUGAGUUUCACAAUACUCCCAGCCCAGGGAAUAGUAACCCUCUAUGUAUUGGAACUUCAGGGGCUAGCCGAGUUAGUCUGUUAGGGUGUGUCUAGACUACAUGGUUUUGUCGACAAAAGUGGCCUUUUGUCGACAAAACUAUACCUGUGUCUACACUACCACCACGUUAUGUCGACAGUAAAUCGACAGAAUGUGACAGUUUUGUUGACGGUGGUAAACCUCAUUCUACGAGGAAUAACACCUUUGUCAACAGAGUUCUGUCGAUAAAAGGUAAGUGUGGAUGCAGGGAAGAAUUUAUAUCAACAAUAAAGGCCUCCAGGAAGAAGCCCUGGUGGACACUCCUGCCACAGCUUUCAACUCUAUUGUUCCUGCCUGCAGCCAUCUUUAAAAGGCACAGGCACCCAGGAUUACCAUUCUGGCAGCAAGCCACCUCCACCCAGGACCCUGAGACUGCGCAGCUCUGUCCAGUCAGGAAACUCGGAGCCGUGUCCCAGGGACAAGCCCCCCAAAACUCCCCUGGCCCUUCCAGGGACACGUUCCCCCAGGAAGCCAGGGGCACCAAAUGCCGGGCACCCUUCUGGUCUGGGCCAGGAAAGGCCACCACCCCCACACCGUACCCCAGGUCAGAGCCAAGGUCAAGGAGCUGAGGCAGGGGCACAUCAGGGCCCGUGAGCACAGCUCCCGCUCCGGGGAAACGGCACACCGCUGCGCCUACUACGAGGACCUGGACUGGAUCCUGGGGGCAGGGAAACCCCUGCCUCCUGAGAGGCUUGUGGACUCUGGGUUGGAGACCCCUGUGCAGCAGUGGCCGCAACUCCAGGCAGACGACCAGGAGCUCCAAAAGGAGGAGGAAGAGGAAGAUGGCACCAGGAGCACCCUGGAGCAAGACGCCUACACUCAACAGGCCUCCCAGACAACUUCAGACACCGGGGAGGGAACAUCAGCUGGACCAGCUGACCAGGAGGGGGGCACCACACCUAGCCCACACCCAGACUGCUGCAGGGAACCCGUUGGCACUGGCGCACGUACUUGGACCUGCAGUGGAUGCAGGACACAUUUAACCGGAGGAUGGAGGCAGAGUAGCGCAGGCACUUGCUGGAGGAAUUUGCCCAGCAGCACACUGAGAUUUGUGCUGCGAUCCGGGAGGCCAUGGCCUUCCCCGGUCCUGCGCCUGGUCCUGCCCUCCCCUCAGCCUCUGCUCUCCCCAGCCUCUGCCAUCCCAGACCCAGGUACAGCCCCACCUCCUGCCCAGUCCCCUACUGUCCCAGCUCACGUGCGCAGCCGUGUGCGAGAAGGCCUCUGCAGCCAAAGUGCCAGGGGCUCCUCAUCAAGGCAGCACCCUCAGCCCUGAGCUUCCCUCCCCCCUUAAAGGUUGGCAUUCCCCAUUCCCACUUGUGAGAGUCACUGAGGGAAGCACUUUACUUUGUUUACAAACACUUUAUUUUUCUGAACAAAAGAUCAUUUUAGUUUUUCAAAAAACCAACAGUGAAAUAAACUGUAAACAUUUUUU